AUGGAGCAUCGAAGAUGUGUAGUAUCAAAGACUGCUACAAAUGAUGAUAGUGAAUCCGAGAUAAAAUCUUCAACAGAUGUUUUUCCAUCAGUAAUAGAAAGAAUAAUGGGAAGCAGUCCUAAGCAUAAAGUAAAUAUAGUAAAAUUUUUUAACAAAGUUUCCGUGUGCGUCCUUGCACUAUGUAUCCUGAAUUGCCCUAGUAAU